AUGGGCGACGGCGACCACGGCCGCUGCGGCGCGUGCUGCCUCUGCUGCUGCAUCUGCUGCGCCAAGGCCAUCUGCAACUGGUACGCGUUCCUCGCCGGGUUGGCGCUCACCGCCGUCCUCGUCGCGGCGUUCGGCGUCGCCCUCCCCGUCCGUGCCGCCGUCACCGACGCCUCGCUGGCCCGCCUCGACCUCGUCGGCGACGGCCCCCGCAAUGGCACCGCCGCCGUCUCCCUCGCGUACAACCUCUCCCUCACCGUCAUGCUCCGGAACCGGAACUGGGCGAUGCGAGCGGAGCUCGCGGCCCCGCUCGACACCGAGCUCCGCUUCGCGGGGCGGCGGUUCGGGGGCGCCCGCCUGGCUGCCGCGGGGAGGAGGAUCGCGCCACGGGGGGCGGAGGAGCUCCGCGUGCUGGCCGCGGGGAGGCUGAUUGGGGGCGGAGGCGGCGACGCGGCAGAGGAGCUCGCGAGGGAGCGCUCCGCGGGGGUGUUCGAGCUCGAGCUGAGGCUCGCCGGGGAGGUCAGGUACCGCCCGGUGCACGUCGGGCGGAGCAGGAGGCUGGAUGUGACGUGCCCGGUGAAGAUGAUGAUGAUGGCGCCGGCGCCGCCGACCGCGCCGCGGGGGACGACGCACUUGAUGGUGUUCGACAAGAUCGUCACGUGCUAUUAA